ACUAUUCCGUCUGCUGUCGAUGGCCGAUCAUUUUUUUAAAGCGUAAUCUAUAUAGUCGUCGAAAUUGAAGAAAGCUCUACUAUGGUUUACAACAGAAGUCUCAUUGCGAAAUUAGCCAAAUUUCGCACCUUAAAAUUGGCUUUGAUGAUUCAAUCGAUUGUGACGACAUUGUCUAUUAUUUAUAUUAUGAUUCAAACUGAUUCACUGGAUAGAGUUGGUCGACUUGAGAUUGUUACAAACCGCUGCCAAGGCUGCUGCAAGAUAGAAAAUUAUUCUAUUCUUGCAAUAUCAAGGGAAACCCAGAUUGCAGACAAACUUCAUAAACUUUCACGAGCUUUGAGACAAUACGAAAUUCCUGAUAAUAUUAUGAAUAUUUUACACGAAGCAGAGCGUACCAUUGAGAAUCUUGAAAGCGAGCUGGAAAAAUAUAGAACAUUUCGACUCAGUAGACUCAAGGAGCUAGAGGGAAAUUUUAUCGAAGAGGAUAUAUCUCAAGACGAAGAACUAGUACCAAAAACAAAACCAACAUGGAAGAAAAAAGUCAUAAAGGUCCUCAAAUGUUCAUAAUUAAGUUUAAAGUUACUUAUUAAACUUCUUGUUCCUUGUCUGGUUAUAAGACAAUUUAUAAAACACUAUUCAAUGUGACUCGAAUACACAAUAUAUUAUAUAAACUGUAUAUCUUAAGAGAAAAGAUUAUCAGUAAUAAAAUUUUAACAAAUUGUUAUGUUUUUACAA